AAUUGUACAACUUAUUGAUCAAAACAUGCAACUCUAGUGGUUCGGAGAACAAAAUGUUGGAAGGUCUUGUCUCACAAGAAAGCUUGUCCUUAAACUCUAUGGACAUGUCUGUACUUGAAAGGCUUAAAUGGGUGCAACAGCAACAGCAGCAACUGCAACAAGUUGUGUCCCAAAGCAGUAAUAAUUCACCUGAACUUCUUCAGAUACUUCAGUUCCAUGGAAGCAACAAUGAUGAGUUGUUGCAGAGUAGUUUCAGCCAAUUUCAAAUGCUUGGAUCUGGUUUUGGACCAAACUAUAACAUGGGUUUUGGUCCUCCACAUGAAGCAAUGGAUGAAUGCAUUUCAAGAACAAGUAGCUGCCAUAUGGAACCAGUGGAUACAAUUGAGGUUUUGUUGAAGACCGGUGAAGAAAACAGAGUCAUUGCCUUGAAGAACAAGAGAAAACCAGAGGUUAAGACAAGGGAAGAGGAAAAGACAGAGAAGAAGAUCAAAAUAGAGGCUGAGACAGAGUCAAGCAUGAAAGGAAAAUCAAACAUGAGAAACACUGAAACAUCUUCUGACACUUCAAAGGAGACAUCGAAGGGAGCUUCAGAGAAUCAGAAAUUAGAUUAUAUCCACGUGAGAGCUCGUCGAGGCCAAGCCACUGAUCGACACAGCUUAGCUGAAAGGGCGAGAAGAGAAAAGAUCAGCAAGAAGAUGAAAUAUCUGCAAGAUAUUGUGCCUGGAUGCAACAAGGUCACAGGAAAAGCUGGUAUGCUUGAUGAGAUCAUCAAUUAUGUUCAAUGUCUCCAGAGACAAGUCGAGUUCUUGUCGAUGAAACUCGCUGUCUUGAACCCGGAACUAGAGCUUGCCGUGGAAGAUGUAUCUGUAAAACAGUUUCAGGCUUAUUUUACAAAUGUUGUUGCUUCAAAGCAAUCAAUAAUGGUUGAUGUGCCAUUGUUUCCGUUAGACCAGCAAGGAUCUCUAGAUUUGUCUGCGAUAAACCCGAACCAAACGACAUCAAUUGAAGCUCCAUCUGCAAGCUGGGAAACUCAGUCACAAAGUCUCUACAACACAUCUAGCCUCGGUUUUCAGUACUAAGAAAGAUUCAUUAAAACAACAUGGUUGAC